AUGGAAAUCUCUCAUCCAAAACCCAACCUUCUUUCCAACCAUCUCCACCACUCCUCCAACAACAACAACAAACACCCCCUACUCCUCUUCAGGCUCUGCUCUUCGGAGCUCGUCGAAGCAAUUAAUAAGUGGAAUGUUGGGGAAAAUGAAAAAGAACAUUGCGUUUUGCAUUUUGACAACCAAGAUUUCAAGGAGUACACCAGGUUUGAUGACUUCCCUUUUCAUGGUCAAAGCUAUGGCGGAAUAUUUCAUGUAGUGGGUACUUGUAAUGGCCUCAUCUUCCUUGCUGAUGAUUUAUAUGGGUACCAUUAUAAGUUCUUUCUCUUGAACCCUCGUGUUAGAAAGUUUGUCAAACUUCCUAAACCCAAUAUUUCCUGCUUUUCACAUGGCGGCUACAACGCCUCUGUUGGGUUUGGAUUUGAUUCCAAAACCAAUGACUAUAAGGUGGUGAGGUUUGUGACACUUGAAGAAAAAGGCCAAAAGGGUAAGUCUCCUCCGGAGGUGGAGGUUUACUCACUCUCCACUGGAAAAUGGAGAAUGGUUACUGCUUUGCCUCCUAUAGUUGCUGCACGUGGUCGUGAGCCGGGGGCAUUUGUCAAUGGGGCUCUGCAUUGGGUUGCUUUGAGGAAGACUGGGAACAAAUUUCUUAAUUUUGUUAUGGUGUUUGAUUUGGGGGAAGAGGUCUUCCGUGAGAUAGCGCUGCCGAAACUUUCAGAUCAAAAUGGAGAUGAGUAUUGGGUGAGGGUAUCUAUUUCAGCAUAUGGGAAUUCCCUUGCCCUGUUUCAACGGGGGUUUAUUCACUGUCUCAGUAUAUGGGUGAUGAAAUACUAUGCGGAUGCGUCAUCAUGGACCAAAAUUAUAAGUUUGGCUGAUGAAGGUCUCAUAGAGGGCAUACCAAGGUCACAUUGUAUGCGUAAGGCAAUAUGUUUUAGGAAGAGUGGUGAGGUUAUUCUGGAAAUGUAUGGAGGAUACCUUGUCUCACGAGACCUUAAGACCCAAGAGAUUAAAGAUCUUAGGAUUCGUGGAUAUGGAUAUACUUUUGUUGAUUCUUAUGUUGAGAGCCUAGUUUUACUUGACAAACCCAACCAACCCAGCCAACUAAUGAAAAGACAGAAAAGAAAGAGGAACAACAACAGGCAAGAUAAAUUUUAUUGUCAAGCUUGUUUUUAUGGUUUUCCAUUUUGUUCUUCAUAUAUACCUGGCUUUGAUUGUGAGUACGAUAUGAAUGUAAUUCUAUAA